AUGUCUUGGGCAAUGCCGCCAGCGCCGGGCAUCCAGCCAGCGCCUUAUUAUCCUCAACAGAUGAACGCAGCCUACACGCCUGUUACAAUCAGACCAGGCUUUGGUCAGGCAUACCAAUCGUCACAACAGUAUUCUUACAGCGCACCUGCUAAUCCACCCCAACCCUCGAGCACAAUGUCUCCUUCCGAGCAGCAACAGCAGCAGAAAUUUGACUGGCCACAGUCUGUCCGUAAUUAUGUUCAACGAACGUUCCAGGCAUCUAACGAAAUCCCCGGAGUUGGCCGCGACGAGAAGGAGUCUCGACUCAAGGAGAUCAUCCGGUCUGAACAGGAAAGGGGAUCCAUGUUUACAACCAACUGGGAUGAAAUGCCCUUACCACAGCAAUUAAUUCUGAAGGAACGCCAACAAACCUUGCUGGCAGCUGUAGGCCCUGCGAACGCUCAAUCCAAGUCGCCCUCCUUUGCUGUCAACUCUAAGAAAAGAAAGUCAUCGGAUCUUAGCGAGUCCGAUCAGACUAAUGGUUCCACAGUGCCCUGGCGUAGUACCAAGGCUCUUUCUAUCGAAGAUCGCAUUAGCAAGCCGGUGAACGACAAACGCCUAUUAAUGGAGGGCCCUCUCACGGGAAAAAGUAAGUUUCAGAAGAACGUCGAAAAGAGACAGCGCCGCGGUGACGGCGGGUAUCAAUCAUCGUACCGGUCGCCCAGUCCUUCACCACCCUCGGGACCCAUAGUUGGUCUCAAUGAGAAUCUUGAAAAGAGAUACCUACGCUUAACGGCUGCUCCCAAGCCUGAGGACGUCCGUCCUGAAUAUGUUCUGCACCAAACUCUUGAUUUAUUGAAAAAGAAAUGGCGAAAGGAGAAUAACUAUAACUAUAUCUGCGACCAGUUUAAAUCCCUCCGACAGGACCUGACAGUUCAACACGUUAGGAACGAAUUUACUGUUUCUGUCUACGAAAUUCACGCUCGUAUUGCCUUAGAGAAGGGGGAUCUCGGUGAGUAUAACCAGUGCCAGACACAGUUACGUGCUCUCUACAGGGCUGGUAUCAAGGGCAACCCCAUCGAGUUUAAGGCAUAUCGUAUAUUGUAUUUCAUUCACACUGCGAACCGAACGGCGUUGAACGAUGCUAUUGCGGAUCUAACCACAGCAGAAAAAGAAGAGGCACCUGUCAAACAUGCUUUGAAUGUGCGUUCGGCGUUGGCCUUGGGUAACUAUCACAAGUUUUUCCAGCUUUAUCUGGACGUCCCAAACAUGGGAGCAUAUCUCAUGGAUAUGUUCAUCAAACGGGAACGACUUGCUGCACUUGCGAACAUGUGUAAAGCAUUUAAACCUGAACUCAAACUACGUUAUGUCACCGAAGAAUUGGCCUUCGAAUCAGAUGCUGAAGCUGCUCAGUUUAUCAUUGAUUAUAACCAAGAGUUGCUUGAAGAACGCGAAGAAUACAUUGCUUUCUUGACUGGAAAAGCCGGUCAGAUUUUCGAAAAUGCAAGGGCUCAAGCCUUUAGUAGAGUCGACUUGAAAGGCCAGAUAUGAUGUUUCGUCCCAACUUGCUUCCUUUUUAUCUUUAUUUUUCUCUUCGGCACCGCGCCCAUUUUCGCACAUUUUCAAGGGCUGGGCAGGAUGACUGGCCCGUAGAGUCUAU